AUGUCUUCUCAAACAUCCCGUGCCCAACCGUACUCCCUAUCGACCCCAAGGGUUCCCAGAACUCCCUCUUUAGGCGCUACGGCACUCGCGCGUGCCCAACAUGGCCUCAAUGGGGGGACCAAUGAGGGUCUUGGAAACGACGCCGGUUCCCGUGAUGGGGCAGCUACCGAUCAAAUCUUGGCAGCGAUCUCGAAAGUCGAGCGCGAGAUGAUAGUGCUGUCUGACCACAUCCACCAGGAGCUCUCGACUAUGGCUCUCCGCGUCGAGGAAGAGAUCGCAACCCUCACCAAUAAGGUUGAUGAGGAUCUCGCGUCUGUGUCAGACAAGCUUGACCAAAAGUUUAUCACUGUGUCAAAUAAGCUUGACCAAGCCACUGAUGCGGUGGAUGCACUACGGGCAAAUGGCCCAGUGGUUGUUCAGCCACCUGCGGCAUCAAACACCUUGCCUGGCCCACCAAGCGCGCCGGAACCUUGGAAUUACUCCAACGAGGUCAAAGAUCGGGUGUAUCAUUUCGCCUAUGACUGUGUGUCACUGGCCGAGAUUGCCAGUUAUACGGCACUCGAGUCACCAAAUGGUGACGUGAUAGUUCACUCCCUCUUUAACACCAUCAAGAGAAAGAUUAGAGAGAUUCCUGGCGAUUGGGCGACUCCUCAACUGCCCCCGGUGGUCAAUGGCAUUCAAGAUGUUGCGGCCACCCAACGGUACACGACACUGGUGAAGGACGCGGGUAAACACGCCCGUGAACGUCUCCACAAAGAAGUGUUGCAUAACAUUCGCAAAAACGAGGGCAGCACGGUCCCCAGCUUGAAGAGGCUUGCUCAUCGAAUUGCGAAACAUUGCAAUAGGACCGAAGAACAUCGCGAUGUGGAUACCUUGUGGGCUCAAACGGCGUGGACUCAACGAGUCCGUAUCGCGUACCUCGCGAUUCGCAUCUUUCAAUCAGUUCGAGCCGGCGGGGGCACAGCCAAUAUCUGGCACCGAGUGGACAGCCAGCUGCACCUAUUGGCACAGGAGGAGCCUUUGUAUGCUUCCGCGUUCUACAAGAUCAUUUACGACGAAGAUCGCGCCACUUUCGAUGGGAAAGGGUACUUUGUAGACAUUGACGUAGGGGUCACUUUUGACUUACCGUCUGAUGAGGAGAUCAGGGAAAAAAUGCAGGUUUUGGAAGGAGCGGGCCCUAUGGCUCUGGACGAUUGA